CCAUUUAGAAACUAUCUCAAAACUAAACCUCUCAAUAUGUUUCUCUUUAUGAAACAUCUCUCCAUAAGAACUCUUUUGAAGGAACGAUACCGGUACAAGAGGACCGAAGCAAACCAUUGACGUAGAAUCACCAACCAAAAGAGAGACCAGGUAAGGCUGAAACCUUUUGUGGUUCUUAAUUUGUACGCCUUAGACACUAAUCGUGAGAUCCGCGUCAUGAAAAUAAAAAAAUAGUUGGUCAACUUAUUUGUUACACUUUAUAAUUGAAUAAAUUAACAUAUACAUGAUCAAGUUGUAUAAUUUUAAGCCGUACUCUUUUAAGUCGUAUUCAUAUGUUCUUUCUUCAACCUUUAUCAUAUCAGAAGAAGACCCCCACAAAAGAAGAUCUAACAAGACAUCUCUUCAAGGCUUUCCCAUGGAGAAAACAAACACAAAGACUUUUGAGGAUGUUGAAAGUGUUGAUGUCUAUACAGCAAAAGGUUUGCUUACCAUUGGCCAUCAUAGAUAUCUCGAUGUUAGGACAAACGAAGAAUUCGCAAAGAGCCACUUUGAUGAUGCCUUGAAUAUACCUUACAUGUUCAAAACAGAUGAAGGUAGGAUUGUAAAUCCGGAUUUCCUUCCGCAAGUGGCAUCGGUUUGCAAGAAAGAUGACAAUCUGAUCGUGGCUUGUAAUUCUGGAGGAAGAGCAACUCGUGCUUGCGUCGAUCUUCUCAAUGCGGGGUACGAGCAUGUGGCUAACAUGGAGGGAGGAUACUCGGCUUGGGUUGACGCUGGUUUCGCCGGCGAUAAACCUGCCGCGGAGCUCAAGACCGCUUGCAAGUUCCGCCCUAAGGACAACUAAACCAGCCCAGUCUUGUUAUAAUUCACUAAAACAUCUCUAUCUUUUAUAUAUAAUCGGCUUGAUGCAAAAAUAUUUGAAAGUGCUGUUGUGGUGUUGUAUUAAGUUUGUCUCGAGCUCGAUGAAGCUGUUUGCAUGGAGUGUUACAUUGGGCAUGUUCAUUUGUCUAUCAAUCUGGAAGGAGAUAAUAUUAAAUUAUUAAUGUUUGUUUUGUGUUAAA